AUGAUCUUCUUCUGCCAUAGUGAUUUCCGUCGUUUUCGUCAAGCACACAAAUACUUUGAGGAUAAAUUUAUAAAUAAUCCAUUUGGCUAUCCAUGUUCUGUUUGUGAUCGAUUAUGGUUCCAGCAAGAUUUGAAACCUGCUGGUAAUAAAUACGAGACUAUUUUAAAGACUAUCGUACCAGAUAUUCCAAACAAAGAUAUUAUGCUAUGCAACACCUGUAGAGCCUCAUUAACAAAGGAUAAGAUUCCAGUCAUGGCCACGUAUAAUGGUUUCAAAUAUCCAGCUAUACCUAGCUGUCUGCCAGCCUUGAAUUUAGUUGAAGAAAGACUAAUUUCUCCACGUCUUCCCUUCAUGAACAUUAGGAGGCUACGACAUGUUACUGGCCAGUAUGGUAUUUAUGGUCAAGUUAUUAACGUACCUGUCUCAGUUAAUAACAUGGUUAAAAGUCUUCCUCGGAAUUUGGAUGAUGACUAUUGCAUUAACGUUCACAUAAAACGCAGACUAACUCACAAAUCAAGUUAUUUAUCUGACGUUGUUCAAAAACGCAAAAUAAAAACUUGGCUUGAGUAUCUAGUACCAUCUGAUCUUUAUCGAGCGUAUGAAAUAAAAAUCAAUGAGUCAUUUUUUAAUACAAUGGAAAACAGUGGUGGAAAAUGUCCAGAUAAUAUCAGUGAAAAUAUUCCAAUUGAAGAAAGCCUGACUGCACAACAACAAACACUCUUGUGGAAUGAUGAUCAAUUUUUACACCUCGCACCAGGUCAAGACCAGAUUCCCCACAGUUUAUUAUUCGACGAACAUGCUGAAGAGCUGUCUUUUCCUCUUAUUUAUCUUGGUGAAUUUCGAAUUUUUCGAGAAGGUGUUAAUGCAACAGCAUUUACAAUAGCCACCAGUGAAUUAAGAAGAUCUGAUCGACGUGGUACAAUGGCUCACCACUUGUUAUAUAUGGCCAUGAAAAUUAUGAGAUUGAGAGUUCGUGAUUCGCUCACUGUUGCAUUCAAACAUAUUGGCAAUGACACAAAAAUUACAAAGGAUCAAAUCCUGGAUGAAAACUUCCCAAAUGGUUGUGUUGAAUCCAACCUAGCUUUUUUGAGAUCAAUUCCUAAUUCAGCUUGGUACUGGAUGCACAGAAAAAAAGAUCUGUUUGCAAUGAUCAGACAACUUGGUAAGCCGACGGUAUUUCUUACUGUGAGUGCUAAUGAAAUUGGUUGGAAAUGGUUGCUUCGAACCAUAUAUAAAUUAAAAAAUAAUGGUGUAUUAUUAUCAGAUGAACUUAUUAAAGAUCUGCAUUAUCUUGAAAAGUCUAAACUUAUUAAUGAAGAUUCAGUGACUUGUGCUAUUUAUUUCAACAAAAUAGUCAAUAUCUUAAUAAAUAUUCUAAAAGAACCUAAGUAUAGUCCGCUUGGCAAACACCACGUCACUCAUUACUUUAAAAGAAUCGAGUUUCGGCAUCGAGGAAGUCCGCAUGCUCACAUUUUACUGUGGUUGGCUAAUGCUCCUUCCAAUGUUGUUGGCGAAAAUAAAGCAGACGCGAUAAAAUUAAUAGACAGCAUAAUAUCUAUAUCUGCAAAUGAAGCUUCCAGUAAUAUUAAGCUGCAAACUCAUAAGCACACAUUUACAUGCUAUAAAAACAUAGUUGGAAAUAAAAAAAUGUGCAGAUUUGAAGCGCCUUUUUUGCCCAGCCGAUCAACUAUCAUAUUGAUGCCUAUGCAAAAAGAAGAGAGGGGAUUUUCAACAUAUAAAAUGCGUUAUAAUAAAAUCGGAGAAAAUCUUACGACCAAAUAUAUCACAUGGAGGAGUAGCGAUUUAUCACCAUGCUAA